AUAUAUAGCUAGCAUCAGAUUCGCAAUAAUACAAAUCCCCAGCAGGAUAAGAUCGGUGGAAUUUGAAUUAGUUGAUUGUUAUUAUUAUCGAGGGUAAAUAAUCUUGUUGGAUAUAUAAGUGAAAUAGAGAUGUGUCUGGUUUUUGUUUGCGACGAGGAGGAGAAGGUUAUGGGUCGGCAUCCGGCGCCGGGAGCGUGUCCGUUCUGCGGAGGAAGUGUUCAAGCCAUGGAUGUGGAGAGUCAAUGGAGAUUCUGCUUCCUUCCUUUUUACUUUAAGACCAAGCGCCGUUUCUUUUGCACUCUCUGCACGCGCCGCCUUGUCGUCCCUAACUAAUUCAUACAUAUAUAGAGCUGUCUGACUUCUUUUACUACAAGAGACUUUGUAUCUAUGUUUGUAUU